UCGUUACGUCAUUCACCUGACGCUCUUACGUGCCUCCGCGAGGUCCUCUGCGUUCGAGGUGCGAUCCGUUAAAACGUAGCCGGUGCGCAUCGAGUCAGUUUAUCUGUGUUUGUAAUUAGGGCCGAAUGCCGUUCACGCGCAAGAAAAGGGAAAGCGACCUAGAAAAUACGAUCCCGUGCACCUGAAGAGAAAAAAAAACAUUGCACCGCCCUGAUCCGUUCAACCCGACAUUCAAAGAUCUCUGAUGUUAUCAAUCAAAGUUCUUCUCUUCUACUGCGCUAUUUUGCCGUUACAGAGCGAGAGACACCACUUCUUCUACAGGUUUACAGUCCUGUCCAAAGCAGAGAGUUUCUCUCUGAAUUUGCCAGAUUUCACCGCCGAGGCCGUGGCCGACGACAGACGGAUAAAACACUACAACAACGCAAUCGAAGGCUGGAAAGGAGUCGAUCUGUUUGAACACGACGGGUCCGAACCUCCUCCAGAGUCGUACGACUCUAGAGACUGGUACAGAGAUCAGCUGAAGAAGGCGUCAAACUCCUCGCAGGGUUCUGAGCGCCAUGUGCUCCAGAGAAUACUUGGCUGCAAACUGGAAAGCUUUCCUAACGGUACCGUGACGGAUCUGACCACCUUCGAUGAGUAUGCAUUUGAUGGAGACGAUCUCAUUGCCUUUAAAUACGACACCAUGGAGUGGAUCGAUAAAAGUCCAGUUGGCAAAGAAAUCAAAAAGGAUUGGGAUCGCCACGUCGAACGCAAACACAAAGUGCACAGCUUCCUCUACAACUGCAUGGACUGGAUCUCUGCGUUUAACAACACCAAUAAGAGUUCCCCAGAGGUUCACAUCUUUGCGAGGAAAGCUCCUGAUGAUCGGAGUAAGCUGGAUCUGAUCUGUCUGGCCACCGGUUUCUACCCCGGAGACAUAGAGAUGAGCAUCAGAUUGAACAGAAGCACAAUUAAGAACCAUACCUCUUAUGCAAUCAGACCAAAUCACGACGGAUCCUUUCAGGUGAGAAGCAGUGUGAAGAUCGACGGUCACCUCAGAGGAUCUUAUGACUGUUUCGUCGUUCACGGCGGUCUGGGAGAACCACGUUCAGUACAAUGGGAUGGGAAAUGUUUGAAUAGUGAAAGGACCCGAUGGACAGUAAUCCUGCCAGUAGGGGCGUUUCUCGUAGCAGCUGUAGUGUACAUUAAGAAAAGAAAACCAAACGACUCUUCCGCAGCUCUUGUGAGAGAUGUUUGUGUUUACGGUGCGGUGAGUGAUCAGAGAGCAGAGAGUGCUGAAGCGUGUGCUGAUACGACCGAUGAAGAGCUCAGUGAUGAAGGAUCUGAACACACUCCAGUGUGAACAGGUUUUUGGUCUGGAUGGAAACUGUGUUCUCAUCAUCAGCUCUGUUUAGUAAAAGAAUGGUGUUUGUUUCGGUCAGUGUUUUCUAAUCUGAGUCGGCUCUUAUGAACUUCCUGUUUAUCAUGUGGUUUACGUUCAGCUGAAACAUGAUGCUGCUUUUCACAUUUCAGGGGCUUUACAUCAAGUAGCAUGUCUUACAUGAAACACGGCUCUCAGAAAUCACUUCAAAUGAACACGAGUGACUUAUGAAAUGGUGUUUUUUUUGUCGGUAAAACUUCUGUCUCCUGGUGUUUAACUCUUCGAGGACAAAUGUGUCCCUGGAUCACAAAACAUUUCAUCUGAAAGGUGAAAAAAUAAGCUUUCUGUUGUUGUACGGUUUCUUAGGACGAUAUUUGUUCGGGAUACACCUCUUUAAAACUAGACAGGCAAAGUUUGUGAACAUACUUGGAAGCUGGCUUGAGAAAGAGAUAGAUGGCUAGCUAGCGAGCAUGACUAGCGAGUGACUAGCGUGUUGCUAGCAAGAUUAACAUGUCGGUAUGUUCACAGCAUGCUUACCAAGCUGCUUGCUUGUCGCUAGCGGUUUUCCAGCACGUCGAUUAGCGAGUUACUAGCAUGUUUUUAUUAUGGUUAACAUGUUACUAGCAUGUUUCUAGCAUGGGAGGAGUUAGAGAAUAUUGAGAAAAUCCGAAUGUUGUCCGAAUCAAAAACAAAAUACAUUUUGAUAUAUUUACGGUAGAAAAUUUACAAAAUGUCUUCACAGAACAUCAUCUUGACGAUUUCAGGCAUUAAAGAAACAUCUAUAAUCUUGAUUUAUGUAUGUAUACCUGCUUGGUUUUGUGCUCCAGGGUCACAAAUACAGAAUAAUAAAAAAAGGUUGAAUUGAAUUGACUUAACAGUCAAAGUAACCCCUACUAUUCAGUUAACGCCUACAAAAUAUUCAUAAUCUAAUGCAAAAUAAAACGGCAUUGUUUUCACUGUGUUUUAAAUUAAAGCUACAAAGGUCCUUCACAUAACAUUUGUAUUUUAAUACUAACACUAAUACUAAUCUGUUGUUCGAUACUAAUAAUACUAUUAAGCACAGCCAGCAGCAGGAAUAUAGUACGCUGUCGCUUUAAGAGCUGCACGUUCACCCCAAUUUAAUGUUGCACAUCUAUUUCAUUGCAACUCUUUACGCUCAUUUACUACAUAACUGACAAGCUUCUGGGGGAAAAAAAUAUUUUUUAGGAACAAUGCAAAUCAAGCCAAAAAACGAAUAAACCUUGUCAAUUUUAAGAAAUCAAGCGUCCACACGUUUGACACCAUGGAAGUCACUCAUGUGUAUUUCGUAUCCCUCCUCUCUCUUCUGGUGUAAGUGUUAAUAUAGCCAUCAGUCCCAGCGUCUUAAAGGGCGCUCUUUUAAAGACGUCUGUGUAAAACAUGUAGUGUGUGAUGCAGCACUUAAAAGAUUCUCAGCAACAAUGUGUGUGUAGCGUUAUUUUCUUUUUUUUGUCCAUUUGUUUUUAGAAUAACUAUUCAUUAACGUUAUAUUAAACGUUUACGUAAUUAUAACUUCAUUUAUACCAUUUAGUCCUCUUUAGAUUUGGUUAUUUAAUACAUAUUGCAUGUUUUGCAUGAUUUAAUAUCUUUUUUUAUGUAUGUUUGUCUUUGUGUGUGUGUGUGUGUGUACUGUUCAUCAUGUGCGAUUGACAGUGAACAUGUACCGAUGCACAUAUAUGUACUGUAUGACUGGAGAAGGUGUCUGUGAGAUCUAUGUGCAAUAUUAGGAAAUAAACAAGUCUUAA